UUUUUUUUUCUCUCACUCUUCUUUCUUUCUUUCUUUCUUUUUCUUUUCUUUCUUAUUUUCAAUACUCUAUUUUUCUCCUUUUCUCCCCCUUUUUACCUAAACAUUUUAUAUUUAUAUAAUCUCUUUUUUUUUUCUUGGUUUACUUUCUUUUUUUUUAAAAACUUAUGCCAUCAUGAUUCGAAGUACUUUGAUACUUUUAUUCUUAUCAUUACUUGUAUACCAAUCUCAACUUGUUUUAGCUUCUAUUACUGUCCUAGCAACCAAUGAAACAUAUGUUGACCGUAUGGCAGCAUUUGGACCAAGGAUUGAAGAAACAGAAGAUGGAUUAACAGGAUAUUUGAUGGCACCUCUCUCACCAGAUUUAAGACACGGUUGUGAAGUAGUUGAACCUCCUUCUGACAAAUGGAUUGCUCUAGUGGAACGAGGCAACUGUUCUUUUAUUGAUAAAGUCAGAUCUAUGCAGCAAAGUGGUGCAAUCGCUGUAGUGGUCGGAGAUAAAUACUAUAAUGGUUGGGUGACCAUGUAUGCUCCAGGUGACACCUCUGAUAUACGUAUACCCAGUGUCUUUGUAGCACAACGCCAGUAUCAAGCACUCCUGCAGCUAUCAGAAUUAUUCAAACAACCUAUGGAAGUACGUAUGGAAAAGGAUGAUAUAUUGACAUGGCCAUUGUUAGAUAUGUUACUUGUAGUAGUAUUAUCCCCAGCAGUGAUGAUGCUCUUUAUUUAUACUACAUGGAGAAUGCGACAACGUCAACAAAGAAAAGAAGAAUUGGCUCCAACCGACUUUGUCACAAAAUUACCUUUACGAAAAUUCAAAUUGAAAGAAACUGGAAAUGAAGAUGAUACUCGUCAUGCAGAAUGUGCAAUAUGCCUGGAAGAUUAUGUCGAUGGUGAUGUUUUACGGGUACUUCCUUGCAAGCAUGAGUUUCAUUCUACCUGUGUUGAUGCCUGGCUUACUGGUCACAAAAAAUUUUGUCCUGUUUGCAAAUUUGAUGUUUGUCGGAAGGAGGCCAGUGAAAAUACCCCUUUACUAUCAGUUUAAAUUCUACUCUUUUAUGUCUUUACUCUAUUUCUAUAUAUUUUAGUUUUAGCAUAUGAUGUUUCUUCCCUUCUCUCUCUUUUUUUGUUAUUAUAUUGUUUGAUAGUAAUGUAAUACUUUUUUUUUUUUUAUCUGCAUAAUAAAAAAAGGGCUUCUAUAUAUAUCUAUUUUA